UAAUUGGAAUUUCAUCUCCCAUCUUUUCUUCCUCUCUUUUUCACUUAUAAAUAUUUUCUUUAUUAUUUCUGUAUGUACAACUGACCGGUACUAACCGCUCAUUAACAAUUAACCAUUAUAGCAUAUAGUUUUUAUUAAUAAGUCGUCUUGCCAUGGCCGCCGCCGAGCUCUCUGUAGUACUACCUCGUGUCCUCAUCGUCUCUAGAAGAACCGUCCGCAAGAACAAGUUUGUUGAUUUUGUUGGAGAAUAUCAUCUUGAUCUUAUAGUAAGCUAUGGAGCUGUCCCAGUUAUUGUUCCUCGAGUUUCAGGUGUCCAUAUGUUAUUAGAAAGCUUUGAGCCAAUUCAUGGAGUUCUUCUAUGUGAAGGAGAGGAUUUAGACCCUUCUCUAUAUGACGAUGAAUCGAAUGAUCUCUCUCCAGAAGAAAUCGAAGACAUUCGGAGACAACAUGCAAGUGAUACAGCCAUUGACAAAGAAAAAGACAACAUUGAGCUGAGAUUGGCAAAGCUCUGUCUUGAAAGGAACAUACCUUACUUGGGAAUAUGCCGAGGCUCACAGGUACUUAAUGUAGCAUGUGGAGGAACUCUUUAUCGAGACAUUGAAAAAGAACUCUCAAGAAACCUCCCUCUAGAUAAAAGGGUAGUCCACAUUGAUUAUGAUAACUAUGAUAAUCAUAGACAUGUAGUCAAGAUUAUUGAAAAUACUCCAUUGCACUAUUGGUUCAAGGAUUCAUUAGAAGAUGAUAAAAUGGAAAUUAAUGUCAAUAGUUAUCACCAUCAAGGAGUCAAGAAGUUGGCCCCAAGGUUUGUUCCUAUGGCAUUUUCACCUGGUGGUUUAAUUGAAGGAUUCUAUGAUCCUGAUGCUUAUAAUCCUGAGGAAGGUAAAUUUAUUAUGGGACUUCAAUUUCAUCCAGAGAGAAUGAGGCAACCUGAUACAGAUGAGUUUGAUUAUCCUGGAUGCACAUUUGCUUAUCAGGAGUUUGUGAAGGCUGUAGUUGCUUAUAACAAGAAGUUGAAUAGCUCAACGAGUGUCCAAAAACACAUAAAGCUAAAUCAAGAAAUGGAGAAAAAGAGGAAAAUUAUAAUAGAAAGCUUCUCUCUUGCUAGGAAUAUUUAUGAAGGAAGCAGCCAGAUGCAUCCAUCUAAAGAAUCUGACUUAGAUGCUGGAGCAGAGUUCCUAGAGUCAAAUACAGCAUUGAGUAUCCUACAAGAAGCAAAGUUAAUUCAGAUGGGAGCCACAGUGAGAAAUGUAUCUUCCUACUUAGAAAAAUUGAAGAUGAAUGAAGAGAGAGAAGGGUUAGCCAGGAAGGUAAUGGGGAAAAUGUCGGUGGAACAGUUAUCUGAUCUAAAGUCAUUUUACAACAUGAUGGGACAGAUAUGUUCAGAAGUAUUAGAAAGAAAACUCCAAGAUAUUGUUAAUGAAGUUGCCUUCUCUUGAUGAGUCCAAUUCGGAUCUUUAUGCAUGAGUUUUUGGUUUUAUUUGCUUUGUUGUCAAGUUUUAUGUAGUAUUUUUUGUGACAUCACAUGAAUAAAAUGUUGUUUUUUAUC